CAGGUCAUACUUUUAGCUGACUCCUAAGAAUUAAUCUGCAAACAGUUUUAUACAUAAAUGGAAUUUCAAUUUUUUCAUGGAAAUAUAACUAAAGAAAAGUGUGAAGAAUUACUGAGCAAAGUAGGAAUAAAUGGAAGUUUUUUAGUACGAGACAGUGAGAGCAUACCGGGCGCUCUUUGCCUGUGCGUUUUUUAUGAACAUCUUAUCUACACUUACCGAAUCUUCAGGAAAAGUAAUGGACAUUUUAUGAUGCAGACAUCUGAAGGUACUCCAAGACAUGUCUUCAAAACAUUAAACAGUUUAAUUGAAAACUACAAAAAGCCAAAUCAAGGCCUAGUAAUCAAUCUGUGCUACCCUGUAAAUCGUUGUCCUUACUAUCAAGAAACUCAGACUGUGUAUGUCACUAAAGAAGAAGCAUAUGAGGAUCCAGAUGUUGGUGAAGAUUAUAUUAACGUCUUGCCCGAUUAAUCUGUUCACUCCAUUUCAGCAGGGGCGUUCUGUGGAUCACACCCAUGUAACCUCUUCUAUUCACUUCAAUGGAUUCUGUGUUCAUUCGUACUUUGGAUAAUUCUGUGACAAAUACCAAUUUUUACUUGCUGGUUUGCUUGCCUGUGUAAAAGGCACAUUUUGUAAAAUGCAUACAUACUUGUAUAAUCUUCUUUCCACGUACCGAGUACAUACAUGUGUCUCUGCAAAUGGUCACUUUAUGACCUGAUGAAGUGGACAUCUGAACAAUUUAUACCACAAAAAUGUGAUAGCUUUUCCCAUACUGCAAUACCUCAUUGUAUUUUCAUUUUAGCAGUUUUCCUUUAUUUGCACUAUUUAACUUACUAUAGCUGAAAGUCAUAGAUGCAAGGAUCUGUGAUGUUUAUAAAAUUCUAAAUUGUUUAUUUUAGUAUUAUUCAAUAUCAUUGUUAUAAGUAACACAAAAAUAAAGGAAUAUAUUUAACUCUCAUGUUUUAAGAUCACAGUAAUGAAUAUAAGAAACCUAAGAAUGUUUAUAUGGCCAAUCAAGUAGCUGUGCAAGAUUUGGUUAAGAAGUAGCAUAAGCACUCCCAGUAACCACCAAUUAUUGUUUAAUAUGUUAAGCAAGCCAAAUGCUUAACUCAUCAUAAUGCUACAUCAUGUCCAUUUAAGAGGCAAAGUUUGGAAAGAUCAAUCACCUUAAUAGCUUAUGCCCGCUCAGAAGACUUUGUAUUUACUAAAAUUGUAUUUUUAAAGAAGAUUAUAUGUAAUUCCGGAUUUCUCUUUCUGCAUAUACUCUUUCUGUAUAAAAGAAACCUGAAAACUCUGUUCCUCAAUGCAAUGAUGAUGUCACCUAGCCUGUAAAUGAAAUGUUUGCAAGAAAAAGGGGAAGCUCAGAGGAUACCAAGAAGCCAACAAUUGUCUGAAUUACAUAAUUUUCUUUGGCUGAAGUGUGUUGGUCACUAUACAAGAAAAGAUACAAGUACAUAUAGUUUUUCUUGAUGGUAUUUUACAAUGGAAUUUUACAUUUUGAUCAAUUGUUGCAAGUAGCAUGCAGGAUGAAUUUAAGGAACUCUUAUAAAAUGCUUUCUUUUUAGUUUAUAUGUGAAAAAUAGAAUGCAUAACAUCUACCACUUUAAAUGACCUGUAGUUUAGAAAAGAAAAACAUCAUUAAAAUGUUUGAUUAGUUCCAUCUAUUCAUUUUCUUGUUAAAGCUAUUACAUAUUUUGGUCUGUAAUUCUUUAGUAAAAACAUUGGCAUGUUACCAAUAUUUAAAAAAUGUACUAGAAGGCAAAAAAGGGACAGUAUGCCAGAGAAAUGAAUUUAAAUUGAAGAAAAAUGUAGACAUUUGUUUAACUUAAAUUACAUUGUUACACUAGACACAGUUUUAACUUUUAAAAAAAUUAUUGAAGCAUAAAUAAAAUAACUAAGUAUAUCCUUACAUUUUUUGAAAUGGAAGUAAAAUGAUCUCUAGCUGAGCCUUAUAGAUAUCUACAUUUUUUAUAUAAUUUCAGUGCAAGGCUUUUUUAGUUACCAUCUUCUUUUUUUCUGCUAAUGGCUUUUACAUUUAUAAAUUAUAAUGUACUCAAGUUUUCUUUUCAAUUCAU